CAUUAACACGAUUUCCCUCUCCACAAUCUCAGCUUUCCCUCGGAAAACAAUCCUUAGUUCUCGCUCACACCCCCGUACCCACCUCACGAAAGCAGUUGCCUUUUUUCCCGCACUUUCUCUCUCUACAACUGCAAAAAAAAACGCCCACGUCCAUACCAAACCAAACCCAAGGGGUCUGAAUCAAACCCUUUUAACAAUCCCCACACAAAACCCAUCAAUUUUCUGAUAAAACCUUCCCAUCCUGAAGCCAAAAAAUCAGAACUUUUUCUUUCUCUCUUUCUGCCAAAUUGGGUGGAUUUGAAAUGUUAAAGCUAUGGUCGUGGGUAUGCUUGAUAUUGUUUUGUUGGGUUUUGGGUGGUGAAUUCUGGGUUGAGGGGCUAGGUGUGAACUGGGGUUCGAUAGCAACGCACAAAUUGCCACCCAAAGUAGUGGUUCAGAUGUUGAAAGACAAUGGGAUUCAGAAAGUGAAGCUGUUUGAUGCAGAGGAAUCCGUUUUGAAAGCCUUAGCUGGGUCUGGUAUUGAGGUCAUGGUUGCCAUUUCCAAUGAUCAGCUCGCUGAUAUGACCGAUUACGAUCGAGCUAAGAAGUGGGUGCAGAGAAAUAUCACCCAUUACAAUUUCGAUGGAGGUGUUAACAUCAAGUAUGUAGCAGUUGGGAAUGAACCUUUUCUCAAAGCCUACAACUCCUCAUUCUUGAAUAUCACCUUCCCGGCUCUUCAAAAUGUCCAAAACGCCCUCAACGAAGCCGGGGUCGGAGACUCCAUAAAAGUCACCGUCCCCAUGAAUGCCGACGUCUACGACUCCCCAGAGGACAAUCCGGUCCCUUCUUCCGGGAGGUUCCGAACGGACAUAACUGACCAGAUAACUCAGAUUGUCAAGUUCCUAGACCAGCACAAGGCGCCCUUCACCGUGAACAUUUACCCUUUCCUAAGUCUCUACUACGGCGAAGGCCAGUUCCCUGUCAACUAUGCCUUCUUCGAUGGGGACGCCACUCCCCUUGUCGACAACGGUGUUCAGUACGCCAAUGUCUUCGAUGCCAACUUAGACACCUUGGUUUCUGCCUUGAAUGCCACUGGAGUUGCCAACAUGACCAUCUUCGUAGGGGAGGUCGGGUGGCCAACCGAUGGUGACCAGUAUGCCAAUAUCGAAAUGGCUUCGAGGUUUUACAAUGGUCUUUUGCCAAAACUUGGAAAAAACAAAGGCACCCCACUCCGGCCCGGGUACCUUGAAGUUUACUUGUUCGGACUCACGGAUGAGGAUGCCAAGAGCAUCCUUCCGGGGGAAUUCGAGCGCCACUGGGGAAUAUUCAGGUACGACGGCCAGCCUAAAUUCCCCAUGGACUUAUCCGGGGGGAGUCAAGAAAUUAAGCCUCUCGUAGCUGCACAGGACGUGGCAUACAUGCCCAACAAAUGGUGCUCGUUGGAUCCGAAUGCCAGCGAUUUGAGCAAGCUUGCUGAGAGCGUCGAGUACGCCUGUACCAACGGGGAUUGCACGUCGCUUGGGCAUGGAUCUUCUUGUGGUGGGUUAGACGCGAAGGGGAACGCUUCGUACGCAUUUAAUACGUACUAUCAGAUGCACGAUCAAGACGACUCGAGCUGCGACUUCCAAGGUCUGGCCAAGGUGACUACGCAGAACAUUUCGCAACCGAAUUGCAAUUUCACCAUUCAAUUAGUAGCUCCGCCUUCUUCUUCUGCUGCUGCUGCUGCUGCAAUGGGGCGUCCCUUUCCUCUGGCUUUGGCAGUUUUGGUGGUAUUCUUUGCUUCAUUGUUUCCAUAGAUAUGUUUUCAGUAGAUAACUUCUUGUGCUUUCUGUUCUUAUUGUCUUCCUCAUUGUUGGAACCAUUUAUUUAUUUAUCUAAGCUACAGGGAAUUCUUUAAUCUCUUAUAAGAUUACAAGCAUUACUCAAUUUACGAUUUAAAUGUUUACUUUGAGAAGGGAAAUUUCAUUGCAAAAGCUGAAAACUAGUUGAAAGAGUAUAGCAGAGUAC